CUCGGGGCGACGGUCACACUUUACAACCGAGCGCGCAAGUAACAAGAUUUUUGUUUUGCUUUCUUUUUCGCUUUCCGAGGACAUACCGGCGACCAUGAAGCGCAUUAAAGACGAGGACAAGGAAGAGUCGCCGUCCCAACCGGCGGCCCACAAUUCCAGCGCCGGUAGCAACGGCCACGACGCCACAUCUCCGGUGGCGGCCACUUCAUCCGCAUCCGCAGUUCCGGAUGUCUCGGCAACCGGAGCCUCCGUUCGCACGACAGGACGCGUCAAGAAACCCAAGCUGGUGUACGAUCCGUCGGACAACUAUGUGUCCCGGGCCAGCAGCAAUCGCAAUUCCCUCGGCGCAGCAGGAGCCGCUCCUGCAGCCGUGGCUGCCAUCUCCAGUGUUCAGCAGUCAUCGCCUGCCAAGGAGGCUGCCAAAGAGGUGGUCAGUGGCGACUCCCAUUCCCAGGACUCCACAACAAGUCCGGCCGUUUCCGAGCAGCUGCAGCCGGCACAGAAUCGCAACUUCGACACGUGCCAGAAGUGUGCCAAAAGCGAACCGAAGCGGGGAUCGGGCCACAAGAGCAACUUCCUCACCUGCAAGGGCUGCAUGCAAAAAUGGCACUUUCCCUGUUUGCCCAUCACCUUCGAGAACCAGAGCCUAGCCCGCAAGAGGUACAAGUGCAACAAGUGUCGCUACUGCCAGGUGUGCAACGUGAGGGGCCGAGAUCUGGCCAUCUGCAGCACUUGCGUGGAUGCCUACCAUGCGGACUGCAAUGAUCCCACCAUCAAGCAAACCAAAUCCGUCGAAACCAAUCCCAACUGGAAAUGCUUCCGAUGCGAGGCGAGUAAUAGCGGCAAUAACACCAGCCCUUCCAGCGAGGAGCAGACGGGGAACAGGAAAUCCAAUGCGAGCCGCGAGGACCAGCCGGUGGCGGCCAGGAAAUCCAAUGCGGGCCGCAAGAAGCGCGUCCAAUCCGACCCCACGGGUCAGGAGAAACCAGCAAAGAUUGAGAAGCUGGGCAAACGCAGUCCACCUUUAAAAAUAGAGGAAAAGAAAGAAAAGAAGGAACAUAAUGAGGAAGAAGAGCAGCGGGAACAGCCAGUGGUGGUCAAAGUGGAGAAGGUGGAGGAUGAGGAGGACAGAGAGAAGGAGACGGAAAAAGAAACGGAAAAGGGAACGAAAAAGGAGGAGAAAGAGCCCAUACAGCCAGAGACUCGGGAAGAACCGGAGCCACAUCUGGAAUCGUUUCCCUCACGUCUAACGCCACCGCCACCUGCAGCUGUAGAUAGCCCCGUGAACAUCAAGAGCCAACCAGUAUCCUCCUGGUCCGUGGAACAGGUCGUUGGCUUUGUGGCCAGGCACUAUCCAAAGGAGGCGAACGUGUUCCGAUACCAGGACAUCGACGGAGCCUCCCUGCUGCUCCUCACCCGCCAGGAUGUGAUGAACGGAUUCGGCCUGAAGCUAGGACCGGCGCUGCGCGUCUUUGAACUCGUCAUGUCCCUUCAGAGUCGCUCCGACGACGUGAGACUCGCCUGGUUCGAGUAGCGUCCCCACCUCCUUAGCACCUAAGAACCUUGCGCGACACUGUAACUUUAAUCUAUUAUUCUCAUCUGGAGCCAAUGUUCAUUCGUAAGCAACAAAUAACAGCUUAUAUUAAGUCUUCUGGCGGAUGACCUUACUGGCGCUCCAGUUUUUAAGAUGUUCUUCUGUAAUUAUACACUUGCAAAUGCACAUACUUUGUAAAUGAUAUCUGCUAUAUUUGCAAAUAAUUAUAUGACUUUUUAUUCGAA